CCUGUGUAGCAUCUAUUCUGCGGUAAAGAUGGCGGCGUCGGUGGGGGCGCGCAGCGGCCGGACAACGGCAAAACGUACAUGAAAAAGGUUUGCGUUUUAUUCAGUGAGGCCUGUGGCGUGUUGCAUAUAUCGUCCUGGAUAUCUUCAGGACCACUGGAACAGAGAAAAUCACUGUCACCGGUCGGGGUUGUGAUUUUAUUGUUUGAACAGGGUGGGUGGGUUUCUCUGCUAACAUUAGCAAACAGGCUAGCCAGGCGAACUAGCUCUGUUAGGUCGGCGAGGAGGACGGGAGAACUGUUCGGGGCCAGGCCGCUGCAGUUUGAGGGUAUGUGAACCAGAGGUGCGCAGGUGGGGGUUUGCUCGCUUUGUCCCAAACGUCCUUGCACCACGUUACCGGGAUGGGACAGCAGGUAGGCCGCGUCGGUGAGGGAGCAUCGACCGGACUCCAGCCACCACAGCCCCACGCGUCCCAACCGCACCAAGGGAAGGGGAACCGGGGGAGCGGCGCCGGGAGGAGACCCCGAGAACCCUGCAGCAGUACCGGUACUCCGCCGGGCAGGACGGCUGCGAUCAACGUGCCCGAUCCUGGAAUAAAUAUAUUCACGAAACAUUCAGAAGCUCUUCAUCGACCAUUCGGGCUGGACUCUGCUGCACUGACGGAGGCAGUGCGCUGGAGCUCCAAGGAGAACCUCCUCGGAGCUGCUGAAAGCGACCCUAACCUCUUUGUUGCACUUUACGACUUUGUAGCCAGCGGUGACAACACACUCAGUAUCACCAAAGGGGAGAAGCUGUGUGUGCUGGGCUGCAACCAGAAUGGUGAGUGGAGUGAAGUGCGCUCUAAAAAUGGUCAGGGUUGGGUUCCAUCCAACUACAUCACACCAGUCAACAGUCUGGAAAAGCACAGCUGGUACCACGGGCCUGUCUCUCGCAGUGCUGCCGAGUAUUUGCUGUCAUCUCUCAUCAAUGGCAGUUUCCUGGUCAGAGAAAGUGAGAGCAGCCCUGGGCAACUAUCAAUUUCUCUUCGAUAUGAGGGAAGAGUCUAUCACUACCGGAUCAACACAGCCUCUGAUGGCAAGGUAUAUGUGACAUCUGAGAGUCGUUUUUCCACGCUAGCUGAACUGGUCCACCACCACUCCACUGUAGCUGAUGGGCUUGUCACUACACUACACUACCCUGCACCAAAAUGUAACAAACCCACAGUAUAUGGUGUGUCACCCAUCCACGACAAGUGGGAGAUGGAGCGCACCGACAUCACCAUGAAGCACAAGUUGGGAGGAGGCCAGUAUGGGGAAGUGUAUGUGGGAGUGUGGAAAAAGUACAACCUCACAGUGGCUGUCAAAACACUCAAGGAAGACACAAUGGAAGUUGAAGAAUUUCUGAAGGAAGCAGCGGUGAUGAAGGAGGUUAAACACCCAAACCUUGUUCAGCUAUUAGGUGUGUGUACAUUGGAGCCUCCAUUCUACAUUGUUACAGAGUACAUGCCACACGGUAAUCUGCUAGACUACUUGAGAGAGUGCGACAAGGAGGAGGUGAAUGCUGUGGUUCUGCUUUACAUGGCCACACAGAUCUCCUCUGCCAUGGAAUAUCUGGAGAAGAAAAACUUUAUACACAGGGACCUUGCAGCAAGAAACUGUCUGGUUGGGGAGAACCAUAUUGUGAAGGUUGCAGACUUUGGGUUGAGCAGGUUGAUGACUGGUGACACCUACACUGCCCAUGCUGGAGCCAAGUUCCCUAUCAAAUGGACUGCACCAGAAAGUCUUGCAUACAACACCUUCUCCAUCAAGUCUGAUGUCUGGGCGUUUGGGGUGCUGCUGUGGGAAAUUGCAACCUACGGUAUGUCUCCAUACCCAGGCAUCGAUUUGUCUCAGGUCUAUGAUCUCUUAGAGAAAGGCUACCGCAUGGAACAACCUGAGGGCUGUCCACCAAAGGUUUAUGAACUCAUGAGAGCAUGCUGGCAGUGGAGUCCAUUGGACCGGCCUUCUUUUGCUGAGAUCCACCAAGCAUUUGAAACGAUGUUUCAUGACUCAAGCAUUUCUGAAGAGGUAGCAGAGGAGCUCUGUAAGACUGCCUCUGGUCACUGUGGACCACUACACUCUUUCAGUCAUGACCUGCCCCUGUUGCCUUCCAAAUCUCGCACAGUCCACAAGCACACUGAAAACAAGGAAAACAUUGAAGGUGGCCUUGAUGGGCGGAACGACCAUGGCAUGCACAGUCACUCAGGUUGGACGGCCACUUUGCUAGGCGGGGAUGCUCGAACAGGCGGCUCCCCAGCUCUUCCGAGAAAACAGCAGCUGCAAGAUAAAUCACCUGGCAGCCUUUUAGAGGAUACACAGGAUAUAUGCGCGUUUACACGCGAUCGUAAAACUGGCUUCUUUAGCUCCUUCAUUAGAAAGAAGUCAUCCUGUGCAUCUUCCUCAUCGCCAUCCUCUCAGCACCAACAAAAUCUUCCAACACCACCAAAGAGGAGCAGUUCCUUCCGUGAGAUGGAGACACAACCUCACAAGAAAUAUGAGCCAACAGCUGAUUUUAGUGCUCCCCCUCCGCUACCCCAGUCAGACAGUGUCGGGGGGUUUUCUGCUUCUCCCUCUCAUCCCCAGUCCCGCUGCUGUGGUGCGACUUUUGGACAGAAACCCUCUGUUGGGGGGCUUAGUUCACAAAUCACAGGUGGCAGCAGCAGCUGGGGAGGCCUGGCUGGCUUUUUUACUCCUAGACUCAUCAAAAAGACCCUAGGACUAAGGACAGGGAAGAAUCCCUGUUCAGAAGAGGGUGGAAACAUGGUUGGAGGGCCCAAACCCUUCCCUAGGUCCAAUUCUACUUCUUCAAUGUCAUCUGGGUUGCCAGACCUGGAGCGUAUGGCUCUGACUUUACCCAGAAACCGCAGUGCUAAACCCCCUCUUGAGAGGACAUCUUCCACAACCUCCCAACCAGAGAAUGGGGCAGUGCGGCCUUCAGAAACUCUGCUGAGGCGGAUGGAUGAGGGGACAGCACAGAUCAGGGAAAGGCCUAAAGCCAAGGUAAUGCCCCGGGGAACUGUUGCAGGGGUGAAGGCACAGGGAGUUGGGGGUGAGGCGGGAGAAUCGGACGGUCUUUCCCGUGCCAAAGAGGGUAGAGAGGAGAUUGGAGUAGGACCGGACAGGCAACAAGGAUGGUCCUCUCCUUCUAAGACUACUACUUUGAGUGUAUCUUCAAGUUCAGCGGGUGCACCAACUCACAACCACAAAGUUCCUGUCCUGAUUUCCCCGACAAUGAAGCACAGCCCAGCUGAUGUGCACCUGGUCGGGCUGGACUCUCAAGGGAACCGUUUCAAACUGCUGUCUGAGCAUCAACCAGAACGCGACAGGCCACGGCUGGUCAAGCCCAAAUGUGCUCCUCCUCCCCCUCCUCCUCCCACUCUGCGAAGCCUGCAGCACUCCUGUAGCGGUGAUGGGGAGGACCAGGUAGGAGCAACACUGGUGGAAGAAAACGGAGACAUGUUAAAAGGUCACAGGUCGGGGCGAACAUCAGGAGCAUCAACCACCAAUAGACCAUCAGUGCCGCCACCUCAAGUGCCUCCGGCAUCUUCCUCCUUCCCAUCAUCUUGCUCAGCCACCAUCAACACUACUUCCACCAAAAUGGCCAACGGAAUCACACCCACUGGCUCCACUUCACACACAGCUGGUUCCAAAGUGGCACUGCGGCGAACGAGACAGCAGGCAGAGAGGGUUCCACUGGAGCGAGUUAGUCGCGAGGUCCUGUUGGAGUGCGCUGAGUGCCUGAGCAGCGCCCUCCACGCCAGCUCUGAAAGCCCAUCCAGCAGCCAUGUGUUGGAUGCUGGCCACCAGCUGCUAGACUACUGCUCAGGUUACGUGGACUGCAUCCCUCAGAUGAGAAACAAAUUUGCCUUUCGAGAGGCAGUGGGAAAGUUGGAGCUCAGCCUGCAGGAACUGAGGGCCUCAUCAUCAGGAGGGGGAGGGCUGGGCAGUGUGGGGACCAACACUGUAUUGGACAACCUGCACAGCUGUAUUAAAGAGAUUAGUGAUGUAGUACAGAGGUAGCCACCGUGACGAGACCAUCUGUCACCUGUGACACAGUAGACCUCUUAUAUUCCCCUUUUUUUAAGUUUCUGGUUGUAUUGACAGCGAUGUGGGGGUCAAACGAGGAAUCUCAAAAGAUCGUACCUCAGAGAAAAUACUACAAAAUGUUUUUGUUUACAUUUUUUGUUGUUGUUUUAUUUCAUAAAAUGCCAGUGCAAAUUUUGCUCUGAUCUGUAUAUGUAACAUGCUCAUGUGGAACUAAAUCAGCUCAUGUUUUUGCCUAAAAUCUCCACCGAGUUUUGGUAAAGGCCUCUGGCUUUAGGGAAUGUUGGGUGCAUCAGCCCAGAGAGUAUGUCACAUACUGAUCAAGAGUCGUGGUUGUUCAGCCCUGCCUUACUGACUAUAAUGCAUACAUUUUCAAAUCAGAUGGUAUUUCACAACUCUGUGGAUCACAAGUCCAAAGUAAGUUACAGUUUGCUCAGUGUCUGGGGAAAUAAGUGAUCAUAAGCCAUUUUGAAACCAUUUGUAAUCUGAAUGGAACACUCUUAUCAAAGGUUUUGGUGUAUAAAUUUGGGGCAUAGGAUGAAAGUCUUUUGAAAUAUUCCCUUAAAUGUUUUUGAUGUGAUGUGAAUGUGUUUUUAAUCACAUUUCUGUUCCAUGUAAAUGUGAUGAAAUCAUGAGUACCUGUAAAGUUCCCAAAUCCUGUUUAUAUUCACAUUUGGUUUAAGCUUUAUUCUGAGAAUAAUCUUGCAAUUUAUAACUGUUUUAAUGACAUUUCCACAUCUGUACAAGCAAAGGGGUGAUGACGAAUUGGAACGUGCUGAAAGAAUCACAAGACCCAUCACAAGUUCUAUUAAAAUGGUUUGACAAGCAUGUGUAUAAGCUCAAAACAAACCGUUUACAUUUCAAUAAUACCAAAUAUACACUUAUUGAAUCUAACAGAAAAAUUUUAUGUCAUUUCACUUCAAAUGCGCAAUACAUCUGUUUUGUUUUUUACACAACACUAAAUCAUAAUGAAUGUUUAUCUCAUCAUGUGCACACCUUUUGUCUUCACUACGGCGACGUGAUUGAUCACAAACGGUGACCGUGCCAUGCAAGUGGGGUGGGGUGAAGGGACUCUAUUCCCAGUCACUGAAAGCAUUUUAGUAUUUCUGUCCAGUUACACUUGCACACUGCUUUUCUUGUGUAUUGGAAGGUAAAAUGUUUGCAAGAGGAUUGAGCACAGGGUAGCACAUCAGCAGGAAAUUGGGAUGGUAUUUCUGUAAGUGUCCUUCUUGGUAUGGACAGUGCUGGAUUCCCUGUAGCCUUGCCGCGGCCUCAGUGCCUCAAAUUAGUCAUUGUAUGAACACUGCAAAAGGCAGAGUCCUGCUUAGUUUAAUCACAGCUCUGAUCUCUCAAGAAAACUGCAGUAUGUCUUUAGCACAUGAAUGAUUUGUACAUUUGGUUUAAAGAAAAAUGCUUUUUAGAAUGUGUUUUUAGAAUGUCUGUCUGUGAACUUGAAUUUUAAAUUAUUUUGUUUUUGGGUUUUUUUUAUUAUUAUUAUUAAAAGCACAGACUUAUUUUGAGAGAAAAGUGUAAAUAUUCACUUAUUUUAUAUCCAGGUAAAAGAUGUUUUGUGUGUGGUCACACCAUGCAAUGCAUUUUAAGACUGAGGCCCAUCCACCCAGCUCUGCAUAUCUGCUUUAUGAAUGUAUUAUUCUUCAGUUCUGAACCAAGUAUAGUAUAUGCAUGGACCUUAAACACCUUAAGGUGCCAACAUUUAUUUAUUGAUGUUUUUUCCAUUUACUUGCCAAAUGUUACCAUAGUUUUGGUCCCGAUAAAUGAGUACAAAAACUGCUGUGUUGGUCCCCAGAGACCAAUGUCACCAUAGAGUUGAGUCAGUCUCUAUGUGCACACAAUACAGGUAACACCACUGACAUUUGUGGAUUGUGUUUUUGUUUUUUAGCUCACAGCUUACUGCUCACUGGAUAAGGCCUCACACACUCACAUGCACAAGUGUUUUCUGAGAACAUCUAUAAGCAAUUUUAAAAUGUAUCUCUCCAUGACACUUGAUGGGCUGCCGUGAUAAAGAUCUCUGUUUUAAUGAUGCAUUUCGUAUCAUUUUGUUGUCAUUCUGUCCCAUUUCUUACCACACAGGAUGCUAUGAUGCAAACUAUUUAAUUUUUAUUCACUGUGACAUUAAAUAAUGUGGCCAGA